AUGAACGACACAAGUAUGGAAGCAGUUGAAGUCAAACAAGAUAUUAUUCGUCAUGUUAAAUUUGGUAUAUUACUUAUAUUGGAAAUUCCAUCAGUUUUACUUACGCUCAUGAUCCUAAUAUUUUUUAUUGCUCAUCGAGCUGUUCUUCGUGUUCGACAAAAUCAAGGUUUAUUCCUGUUAAUCAUUGUUAACUUUAUUCAAGUUACAUUCGAUUUACCAAUGGUUAUUGAUUUUAAUCGUAUUGGUCGUGUUAAUCCAGCAACACCAGCAUAUUGUUCAUGGUGGACAUUUAUUGAAUAUACACUUAAUGGAGCUGGCGAGAUGUUAAUGGCAACAAUAUCUAUUCAACGGCAUAUUAUUGUUUUUCAAGCACAUGUAUUUAAUAAUCGUUGGUAUCGAUAUUUAUUUCAUCAUAUUCCACUUUUAUUUUGUAUUGUCUAUCCAGUAACUCUUUAUUUGAUCAUCAUUAUAUUUGCUCCAUGUGAUGGUACUCAAUGGGAUUAUACUUCAAAUGUAUGUGGUCUUAAAAAUUGUUAUAUGGUAUAUAAUCCACCCUUAGCUACAUUUGAUUGGGGAGUUAAUAAUGGCUUACCAAUUGUUGUUAUUACUAUAGCCAAUGUAGCACUUCUCAUUCGAGUUAUUAGACAAAAACUUCGUCGACAAGGAACUGUUUCAUGGAAAAAGCAAAGACGUAUGACAGUACAAUUACUUAGUAUAUCUCUUCUUUAUUUUAUCGCAUGGCUUCCUGGCAUUGUUGUUGCAGUUAUUCAACAACUAUUCAUACCGGGAUUCUUAGCCGAAAUUCAAGUAGAAUAUAUUUUCUAUCUGACAUAUAUGAUAUGUCUUUUUGUACCAUGGGUAUGUCUUGGUCUAUUUCCGGAGUUUAUUAAAUGGGUUUGGAGCGAUGUAUUACAUCGUACAACACCGAGUAAUGUCAUUAAACCAAGAAAAUAA